CAAUCCUCUAAAAAAUAAGGAUUUAUAUACAUAAUAAUCAUAAAAUAUGAAUGGAAUACUUUGGAAUAAAAGAAUUGCUUUUUCUCCGGAAUUUUUUGAACAAGAUUUCAUGAGAAAAUUAAAGGAAAUAAUAGUAGUUAUAUACAAGAAAAAAAGGCAUUUUUCUAAGCUUAGAAUGUCUAUUAUUUUUCUCUGGUUUAUUAUUCUAUGGUACGGAGAAGUGAAUAUAUUUAAGCAAAUGAUUUCCCGGUGUUCGUGGUCAUUAUGGGAAAAAUGGGAGGAGGGAGCAAAUCCGUAUCAUGUUGCUUUAAUUGGAGACCCACAACUUGUGGAUAAACAUACAUAUAAUAGAAGUUUUAUAUUAACGACGUUUACGAAUUUUUAUACAGAUAAAUAUAUGAAAAGGAAUUGGAAAUAUUUAAAUAAUCAAUUGCAUCCGGAAUCUCUUAUAUUUCUUGGAGAUUUAUUAGAUGGAGGUAGAGAUUUAGAAAUGGAAAGUUGGAUUAAAGAAUAUAAACGAUUUGAUGAUGUAUUUUUUCAACCUCCAGGUGUUAAAGUUAUAUCUACACUUCCAGGAAACCAUGAUAUAGGAUUCUCAGAUGGAGUGACACUUAAACGAUUGAAUCGUUUUCGAGCAUAUUUUGGAGAAUCUAGUUCUUUAUAUACAUUAGGAAAUCAUACAUUUGUACUUUUGGAUACAAUUAGUCUGUCAAAUACGAUUAACACACAAGUUUCUCAAUAUACAAAACAAUUACUGAAUGAUUUAGAAAAUACAUAUGAUCAGGAUUUUCCUCGUAUUUUAUUGUCACAUGUUCCAUUAUUUCGCCCAGCAAACACUCCUUGUGGACCUCAACGAGAAAAAAAUACAUCUAUUAAGCUAGAACGUGGAUAUCAAUAUCAAAACGUUAUUUUAUCUAGCAUUUCUACUCAUGUUCUUGAAACUGUACGGCCAAUUGCUGUAUUUUCUGGUGAUGAUCAUGACUUUUGUGAAGUCAAACAAACAAUAGCAAAAUAUGGAGUAACAAUUAUUGAAAGAAGUAUUAAAAGUUUCUCUAUGGCUAUGGGUAUUAGUCAGCCUGGUGUACAACUCGUUUCAUUAUACAAUCCAUCACUCAAAAAAACUGGAAAUCAAACUUUUCAAACAAAAACAUGUCUUCUACCUAGACAAUACUACAUCUUUUCUUUAUAUCUAAUUACAUUCAUUGUGACAAUUUCUAUUGUAUGUAUAUAUCAAUAUUUAUUUGUAGAAAAGGAUCUACAAAAUCUUACGACUCGUGCAAAUAAAUACAAAAAUAAAUCACACGAAUCUUUAUCUAAGACGCUGGAUCGUAUUUUAUUAGAUGUUAUUAAUAUCGCUAUCAUAGUUUUUCCUUGGUAUCUUUAUUUACUUCGAUAUUAAAAGUCGAUAUCGUUAUUUUUAAUUUUUAAUUUUUUUAUACUUAUUU